CGGUAGAGGACUGUGGAGAAGGAAAGUUUAUAACCAGCAGCACCAGGAUGGACUUCCCUGCUACCCAACCAAAACCUGCCGCCGAUGGUAAAAUCAUCUACUAUCCUCCUGGAGUAAAGGAGAUUACGGACAAAAUUACCAACGAUGAGGUGGUUAAACGGUUAAAGAUGGUUGUGAAAACUUUCAUGGAUAUGGACCAGGACUCGGAGGAUGAGAAGCAGCAGUAUCUCCCAUUAGCCUUGCACCUUGCAUCUGAAUUCUUCCUCAGGAAUCCCAAUAAAGAUGUGCGCCUCCUUGUAGCAUGUUGCUUGGCUGAUAUCUUUCGUAUCUAUGCUCCUGAAGCUCCAUAUACUUCCCAUGACAAACUUAAGGACAUAUUCUUGUUUAUUACAAGACAAUUAAAAGGCUUGGAGGACACGAAGAGCCCUCAAUUUAACAGAUACUUUUACUUGUUAGAGAAUUUAGCUUGGGUUAAAUCUUACAACAUCUGCUUUGAGUUGGAAGAUUGCAAUGAAAUUUUUAUUCAGCUUUUUAGGACUCUUUUUUCAGUUAUCAAUAAUAGCCACAACCAGAAGGUACAAAUGCAUAUGCUGGAUUUGAUGAGUUCUAUCAUCAUGGAAGGCGAUGGAGUAACUCAGGAGCUGCUGGACUCCAUUUUGAUUAACCUCAUUCCUGCACACAAGAACCUUAAUAAACAAGCAUUUGAUCUUGCAAAAGUCCUGUUGAAAAGGACCGUCCAGACCAUUGAACCGUGUAUUGCCAAUUUUUUUAAUCAGGUUCUGGUACUGGGGAAGUCUUCAGUAAGUGACUUAUCAGAACAUGUGUUUGACUUGAUACAAGAGCUUUUUGCCAUAGAUCCACACUUACUGCUGUCUGUCAUGCCACAGCUUGAAUUCAAGCUGAAGAGCAAUGAUGGAGAAGAACGUUUGGCUGUUGUGCGACUUCUGGCUAAACUCUUUGGCUCCAAAGAUUCUGAUCUGGCCACACAAAAUCGUCCUCUUUGGCAGUGCUUUCUUGGGCGGUUCAAUGAUAUCCAUGUCCCUGUGAGAUUAGAGAGUGUGAAAUUCGCCAGUCAUUGUUUAAUGAACCAUCCAGACUUAGCAAAAGACCUCACUGAAUAUUUGAAGGUUAGAUCACAUGACCCAGAAGAAGCCAUUCGACAUGAUGUUAUUGUAACAAUUAUUACUGCGGGCAAGAGAGAUCUUUCUUUAGUCAAUGACCAGCUGCUUGGCUUUGUACGGGAAAGAACGCUAGACAAACGGUGGCGAGUAAGAAAAGAAGCCAUGAUGGGUCUUGCCCAGCUGUAUAAGAAGUAUUGUCUUCAUGCCGAGGCUGGAAAAGAUGCUGCAGAGAAAGUGAGCUGGAUAAAGGAUAAACUUUUGCACAUAUAUUAUCAAAAUAGCAUUGAUGACAAAUUACUGGUAGAGAAAAUCUUUGCUCAGUAUCUCGUUCCACACAAUUUGGAAACGGAAGACAUGUACUAUUUGUAUGCUAGCUUGGAUCCAAAUGCUGUCAAAGCACUGAAUGAGAUGUGGAAGUGCCAGAACAUGCUGAGGAGUCACGUACGAGAAUUACUAGACUUGCAUAAGCAGCCCACUUCAGAAGCAAACAGUGCUGCCAUGUUUGGAAAGCUGAUGACCAUAGCAAAAAACCUUCCAGAUCCUGGAAAAGCACAAGAUUUUGUGAAGAAAUUCAAUCAGGUUCUGGGUGACGAUGAGAAACUUCGGUCCCAGCUUGAACUGUUAAUUAGCCCUACAUGUUCUUGUAAACAGGCAGAUGUCUGUGUGAGAGAGAUAGCCCGGAAACUUGCAAAUCCUAAGCAGCCAACAAAUCCUUUUCUGGAAAUGGUCAAAUUUCUUUUGGAAAGAAUUGCCCCUGUACAUAUUGACUCAGAAGCCAUUAGUGCACUAGUAAAACUAAUGAAUAAAUCCAUAGAGGGGACAGCUGAUGAUGAAGAGGAGGGUGUAAGUCCUGAUACUGCUAUUCGUGCAGGACUCGAACUUCUCAAGGUUCUGUCCUUUACACAUCCUACCUCGUUCCACUCUGCAGAGACCUAUGAGUCUCUGCUGCAGUGCCUCAGGAUGGAAGAUGAUAAGGUAGCUGAGGCAGCCAUACAGAUUUUCAGAAACACGGGUCACAAAAUAGAAACAGACCUGCCACAGAUAAGAUCAACACUAAUUCCGAUUUUGCAUCAGAAAGCAAAAAGAGGCACUCCUCAUCAGGCAAAGCAAGCUGUUCACUGUAUACAUGCCAUAUUUUCAAAUAAAGAAGUGCAGCUUGCGCAGAUCUUUGAGCCUCUUAGUAGAAGUUUGAAUGCUGAUGUACCAGAACAACUUAUAACUCCAUUAGUCUCAUUGGGUCAUAUUUCUAUGUUGGCUCCAGACCAGUUUGCUUCUCCAAUGAAAUCUGUUGUUGCAAAUUUCAUUGUGAAAGAUCUCCUAAUGAAUGACAGGUCAACAGGUGAGAAAAAUGGAAAAUUGUGGUCUCCAGAUGAAGAAGUUUCUCCAGAAGUACUAGCAAAGGUGCAAGCAAUUAAACUUUUGGUACGCUGGCUGUUGGGUAUGAAAAACAACCAGUCGAAAUCCGCAAAUUCCACACUCCGGUUGUUAUCAGCUAUGCUCGUCAGUGAAGGAGACUUGACAGAACAGAAGCGAAUCAGUAAAUCGGAUAUGUCUCGACUGCGAUUAGCUGCUGGUAGUGCAAUAAUGAAGCUUGCACAGGAACCCUGUUACCAUGAAAUAAUUACCCCAGAACAGUUCCAGCUCUGUGCACUUGUCAUUAACGAUGAGUGCUACCAAGUGAGGCAGAUAUUUGCCCAGAAACUACAUAAGGCACUUGUGAAAUUACUGCUCCCUUUGGAAUAUAUGGCAAUCUUUGCUUUGUGUGCCAAAGACCCUGUGAAAGAGAGAAGAGCACAUGCCAGACAGUGCUUGCUCAAAAACAUCAGUAUACGAAGAGAAUAUAUUAAGCAGAAUCCUAUGGCUAACGAAAAAUUGCUAUCCUUGCUGCCUGAAUAUGUGGUACCAUAUAUGAUUCACUUACUGGCACAUGAUCCAGAUUUCACAAAACCUCAGGAUGUUGAUCAGCUUCGUGAUGUCAAAGAGUGCCUGUGGUUCAUGCUUGAAGUUCUAAUGACAAAGAAUGAGAACAAUAGCCAUGCCUUCAUGAAAAAGAUGGCAGAAAACAUCAAGCUUACCCGAGAUGCUCAGUCUCCUGAUGAGCCAAAGGCCAAUGAAAAACUUUAUACAGUAUGUGAUGUAGCACUAUGUGUAAUCAACAGCAAAAGUGCUUUGUGCAAUGCAGAUUCACCGAAGGACCCUGUAUUACCAACCAAAUUUUUUACACAACCUGAAAAGGACUUCUGCAAUGACAGGAAUUACAUUUCAGAAGAGAUAAGGGUUCUUCUUUUGACAGGAAAGCCAAAACCAACUGGUGUAUUAGGUACAGUAAACAAACCAUUAUCUGCAACUGGAAGGAGACCGUAUAUUAGAACUACAGGAUCAGAGACUGGAAGCAAUAUCAGUGUAAACUCUGAGCUGAGCUCUUCUGCAGGAAACAGAUCAAGGGAACAAAGUUCGGAUAUAUCAGAAACUGGGGUCAGUGAAAAUGAUGAAAACCCCGUGAGGAUUAUUUCAGUCACACCAGCAAAGACAGAACCUGUGAAAAACAAGGAGAUUAAUUCUGAUCAGGCUACACAAGGAAACAGCACUGAACGUGGGAAAAAAAGAACAGCAUCAGCAUCUGGAACUGAGAAUAUUCAUCAAAAACCAGAAGAAAAAAAUGUAGAUGAAACAGGACCAUCACUUGCAGCAAAAACCAGGAGAGGGCGUCCACCCAAACCUGAACCUCAGGGUACUACUGCAAAAAAUGAGGAAACAAAUAAACCACCUGUCAGGGGAAGGAAAAGGGCAGCAGUCAGUCAAGAAAGUCCAGGGAGUUUAGAGGCAGGUAACGCCAAAGCACCAAAACAGCAAGACGCAGCAAAAAAGCCAGCAGCAGCACAGAGACAAAUUGAUCUACAAAGGUAA